AUGGCGCGCAAGAAGUCGGUGCUCGUGGACGGGAACAACGCACUGUAUCACUACUUCGAUCCGCUCUCGACGGCCGAGCGUUGCGGCGUCAAGUGCGGCGCAGUGGACGGACUGCUGCGGCUGCUGAAGCGCAUGGACGAGACGCACGCGCCCGAACACAUUUGCGUCGUGUUCGACUCGACGGCGCAGCAGCCGACAACUCGGCGCGUGCUGCAGCCGAGUUACAAGAGCGACCGCCGGCCCACGCCCGCGUCCCUCGCGCCGCAGUUCGCACAGGCCAAAGCGGCACUGGCCGAGCGCUGCGUGAACUGCGUCGAGUGUCCGGGCGUCGAGGCCGACGACGUGAUCGCGUCGUACGCGACGCAGUACACGGCCGCGGGCUUUGACGUGCUGCUCAUUUCCAACGACAAUGACUUUCUGCAGCUCGUGCAGGGCGACGACAGCGAGAGGGCUACUGGGACUGCUACUGCGACCGCUGCUGCGACGGCUACGGACGUGGGGAUUGACGUGGGUCCUGUUGCUGUUGCUGCAGCUCCUGUGGUGGAGCUCUACCAGCCGUCCAAGCGCCGGUACAUUCGGGCCCGGAGUCUGAGAGGAAGGUUUGGGCUGGACCCCAAGCUGCUGCCGGACUUUCACGCCCUGUGCGGGCACCAGUGGAAGCACUUGCCGCGGGUCGACAACGUGACGGACGAAGUGGCUGUGCAGCUGCUCACGCAGUACGGCGGACUGUAUCCGUUGCUGCGCCAACUCGACGCCCUGGAGGAUAUAGUCCUGUGCAACACGUUGAAGCAGCGCAUCUCGGCGAUCGAAGGGUCGUACCGGAUCGUCAAACUCAUCGACUCGGUCGCGCUACCAGUGGCGAUUGCAGACUUGCAGCGGCCUCAGCUGACGUAA